AUGUUAACAGAUUCUAUCGCACCAUCUCUAUGGUUUUCAGACGACGGAAAUGAUUCUUCUUAUCCUCAUCGAUCGUUGUACAAAGGAAAGAUUUUAAUCAAUGGACAUUUGAAAAAGAAUUGGAAUACAUGCUGGACGAAAAUCGUUGCUGUCAAUGAGAUCAUACUUGGUCUAUUAAUAUUAAUCCUUGGUAUUUUAAUGAUUGUUUUUCAUCUCGCUUUUUCUUUCACAGCACAUGGAAUCUGGACUGGUGCAUUGACAUUUUUGGCUGGAUUCUUUGCAUUUUUUACGAUUAUCUAUCGGCAUCAUCGUUACUUUCUUGUGACUGCGUGUAUUCAUAUUGUCAGUGGAUUAGCAUCAACAAUAUUGAUUUUCAUUUCAGUUUUUGCUCUCGUAUUAGAAAUGAAGAAUGAGAAUUCCAGUAUAUUCAUAAAUAAUAACAAUAAUAACCGAGAGCUCAACUAUGGUUUACAUGUUACACUGAUUCUAUUGGGCCUUUAUGAAAAACUUUUGUGUUAUACAUUCUUAAUAAUGAUUAUUCGACACACACACAAGAUGGUCUAA